ACUUAUAUUGAAAAGUGCUAUUAAUGGUGGGUGAUAAAAACACACGGAAUGUAUUAUUUUGGCGCCAUAUGAAAAAACCUCAGGCGCCAAAUGAAAAUUUCUUUUUUGGUCUCAUCUGCCAAAUUUUAAUGCCUAAGUUACCCAAAAAAAUUUCUCUCAGCCUCCAUCUCUCACUCUCGUCUCGUCUCUCCGCCUCACGAAGUCUUCUCAACUCAUCUCUGCCUCACGAAGACACGCUCCAGAGUGGAGCUCUUUCUCCACCUCACGAAGUCACGCUCCAGAGUGGAGCUUCUCUGCCUCACGAAGUCACGCUCCAGAGUGGAGCUCUUUCUCUGAUUGGGUGUUGCUGUGAAGGAGAUGAGAGGUUACUCGUGGCUGAGUUUAUGCCCCAUGAAACUCUCGCUAAGCAUCUUUUUCACUUGGUUAUUCAGAGGAAAAAAAGAAAGUGACUUGGGUCCAUUUUCUGCAUGGAAUAUAAUUGGAACAUAUA